AUGUCCACUCUAAACUUCGACAUUGCAGUCAAGCAAGAUGAAGAAUACUUGCGAAAGCUAUAUCCAAACGCAGAAGAUGUUCCAGGAUGUAUGACUCUGUUUGACACGUUCAUUUCUUGUAAUGUCAUCAGUUCCCAGGUGAAGUCACUCUACCGAUAUGGACACAUGGCAGAAUGUGCCCAUAAAGCUGAGGAUUUCAAGUUCUGCAUGUCAAGCAAGUCCUUGCAUCCGGAGGAGCGGCGUGAUGCUUGGAUUCGACGACGUGCCGAAUGGUGGGCGCAGAGACGCUUGACCAAGAGCAGUGAAGACAUCUGGGAUAUUCGGACAGAGCCGUUAAGCAACUAUCCGCCUCCUCGUUCAGAAGCGGGUGUUGAUGCCACUCCAACCAUUGACUAAACACCGUUAUCUGACGAGACAAUGUGAAGUCUUACUCAAACGUUCAUCGAAGUCUCACCACACUGGCACUUCUGGCGACUUCCAACUAGCGAGCCGCUGUGCCCACACGCCCGAAAUAUAGCUCUUUCUCUGGCUUCGUGGCCCUCAUCAAUACUCGCAAAUGUGUUUGAAUGCUGCUGCAUACUAAGGAACGUUGGACUACAUUUGAUUAGCACUCGUCUCCGGACUCUGUUGUUGGUGCACACUAUCCCACUCACACCACCAAUGAGAUCGGGUUUUAUUUAUU